CACUCCCUCAAAACCCCAAUUCAGCAAAAUUCCCCCUCAAUCCCCAUUCUCCAUUCACAAAUUUCUCUUCGAUCUUCUCCGAUCCUCAAUCCGCCAUGUCUGCUACUGAAUCCCCUAACAAUGGCUCCAUAAUCGACCGCCACAACCACCACCAGCAGCAGCCGCAGCAGCAGGCGGCUGUUAAUGGCGUUCUUGCUGUCAAGAAACCGCCCUCCAAGGACCGCCAUAGCAAGGUCGACGGCCGCGGCCGCCGGAUUCGGAUGCCGAUCAUUUGCGCCGCUCGUGUUUUCCAGCUCACCCGUGAGUUGGGCCACAAAUCCGACGGCCAGACCAUCGAGUGGCUCCUCCGCCAAGCCGAGCCCUCCAUCAUCGCCGCCACCGGCACCGGCACCACUCCGGCCAGCUUCUCCACUAUCUCUGGAUCUCUCCGGGGAGUUGUUGGCUGCUCCACCUCCCUCUCUUCCUCUUCCUCUCUUGACCAUAAGCCCCUUUUGGCUCCCGCGCCGUUUAUUCUCGGGAAGCGCGUCCGGACCGAUGAUGACGGUGGGAGUAAAGACGACGGCGGCGGAGGAGGAGGCAUUUCGGUGGGUCCGACUGUCGGUUCGAUUAUGGGCCCUGCGGCGGCGGGUGGGUACUGGGCGAUUCCGGCCAGGCCAGAUUUUGGGCAGGUUUGGAGCUUCGCUGCGGCGGCGGCUGCUGCGGCGCCGGAAAUGGUGCUUCAGCCGGCGGCGGUUUCUCAUCAGGCGUCGCUGUUUGUUCAGCAGCAGUCGAUCGGCGAGGCGUCGGCGGCGAAAGUCGGGAAUUACCUUCCGGGGCAUCUGAAUUUGCUGGCUUCUUUAUCGGGCCCCGGAAGUUCUGGCCGGAGAGACGAACCCCGUUGAUUUCGUAAACCCGCCGCUAUCGACGGCGGCAAGCGGCGGCGGCGGUGGUUGUAAUUCUGUCCUGGGUGUUCAUAGAAAUAUAUAAUUAACUACCCCUUUUAUUUCUCUCUAUCGUUUUACUCUUUUUUCUCGUGUGGAGCUUAGAAUUUUAGGGAUUUAGGCAAUUGAAUUCUUAGCUCGGAAUGAGUGAAUUUUAGGGUUUUCUUUCUCUUCCCUUCAAGGAUUGAUUAGGGUUUUUUAAGCUUCAAAUUAUUCGGGAUUUUGAGGUCUUACAUCGCCAGAGGAAAAAAAAAAAGUGUGGCUCUGUUUUUUUUUCUUUCCAGAUUUGGCUAUAUAAUUGGCAAGAACUGCCUUAAUUUGGGUAAUUUAAGUGCUCAUUCGAUCGAACCCAGUAAAGUUCUUUCUCCAUUUCAACAGAAAUCCAUGGCGGAAAUGAGCUCAAACUUCUCCUGCUGGCUUUUCUGGUAGUUACGCCUUUUUUUCAAAAAAUUUCUUGGAGAAUUCUGCUGGCUCGUGGGUUUCGUCUGUUCUACUUUCCCGGAAAAGAAAAUUAGUGUUUGGCAGUGGCUUCAAUGGAGGAAAAAGAGUGUCUGUGUUUGAUCCGCCAUUGAUGGGUUUGCUGAAGCUUCUGGUUCUUCCUCUCCGUAAGGCCUCUGUUUUUUGAGAUUUUGCUUUAACCUUUUUUUCCCCUUCCUCUUCUCUCUGUCUCUCUGCAGUCUGUAAUUUUCUUUCUUAUCCAAUUGGCUUUAGAUUCAUCAGCGUGAGAAUAAUUAAUGGUGUUUUUAUUUUAUUUUUUCUUCCUCUGUGGAACUGUUUUUCUGGGUGCUAUUACUAAUUAAUUACUGUGAAUAAAAAAAAACAUCCAUUUUCUCUGA